AUGUCUACCACUACUAUGCAUUUCGGCCCUGAAUGGAUGAGAACCAAGCACCAGCCUCUUUCUCGAUCCCAGCCUCCUCCUUCUCCUCCUCCUUCAACCGCCAUCCAAAACUCUGGCUCUACUUAUUCGGCUUUGGUUUCCGCAAUGCCUUCUGCUUCCUCCGAAAGCGGAGAUGUGGUCCAUCCAUUUCGUUAUUCCAAGGAGGAGUUGCUCAAAAUAUAUCAAGAAGGCGGCGGCAGAGGGGGAUUGGGAUUAGAAGUUGAACGUUGGGAGGGUGUUGUACGGGAGGGUGGGACAGAGCCAGCUACUUUGCGCGAGAUGACCGAAGCAGAAAAGAAAGUCCGUCUCAAAAUUUAUCUGGAAUGUUGUGAUUGGCCACUUAAUUCCGAACUUCGUCGUCGUCCUAGUCAAUCUAUGGAAUUCCUUUCGCCGCUCAAUACUUCCGGCUUGGAUCGCCCAAGGCUCUCCCAUAAUUCUUCAACCUCCUCGAAUAAUAACAGUCCUUUGCGCGAGCGGUUCGGGGCCCUGAAGCGUAGAGACAGUGCAGCUAGUGUAUCAGAUACAUUGAUGCCUGCAUUACCACGAAAACCAUCUCUUUCUGCUCUGCAAACGCCGACACUAUCACCACGCGAACCCCCGCGUUCCCGUGUGGGUUAUACGCCUGGUUUUGAUGGUGUUCUCAACAACGGGGAUUCUUGGGUCGCUCGACGGCGCUCUUCCGAAACAUCGAUGAAGAUCGGGACUGGUUCGUCUCGUGAAGGAAAUGAACCCCAACUCGGUAUCAUGGGCUCUGGUAUACGCGAAGAAAAAGAGGAAGACUCCCGUCAAACUAUUCAACACCCACCUUCCGAUGAUUCGAAUGCUUUUGUUACAUCCUCACCUCGUGUCCAUUCCGAAGAUCCUCGCGUGUUUACCAAUACCAAUUCUAACGCUGCUCCACUUCAAACAUCUUCACAAAGUUCAUUCUCAGUCAACGGGGUCAAUAAUUCUGAAUCGUUCCCCGUCGAUCGCGCCGAUAUUGGCCCUCCUCCAGGGUUGGUAGAUUUAGCUGCAGUUGAGUGGUCUUACAAAGAUCCAACUGGCCAGAUUCAAGGUCCAUUUCGUGCCGAUCUGAUGCAGAAAUGGUACAACGAUGGAUAUUUUUCUUCAGACCUUCCCAUGAAAAGAGUCCGGUAUGACACUCAAUGGACUACUGUUGAAGAACUCAGCCAGCGAGCGCAAGGAGAAAAUAUUUUCUUGUCGUCGACAUUCAUUCCAAAUCACACUGGUCGUGGAAAUGCAUCGCCGCUGCAUGCCCUUUCGUCUUCCGAUCAACUUUAUAAUGAACCAUUCCAACCAUCGCCUGUUCGCACUUUAGCCUCUUCCACACUUGAUUCAUAUCUCAGUACUGGAUCGUUGGCCUCCGAUUCACCGUCUUCUUCGCUGGGCGCUUCACAUUUCGGAAAUCCUUCGCCUGAUCCGUCUGUUUUUGGACCCAGAGAUGUUAAAACUUACUUUGCAAGUGAUUCCAAUGGACGAUUGCCAGGCCUUGGAGCCCUGAAUCAACCUUCUCUCUUUUCGGACCGCAGAACUGUUGGUCAUGAGUUUCAAGCGAAUCCCAUCAUGCAAAGCCCAUCUUUUGGGAACUUUGUAUCGGAACGAGAUGUUGGUUUCAGUGCUUAUGGAUAUAACAACAUUCCCGUAAUCCAUGAUGCAUGGGGAAUGUCCUCGAAUCACUCUUCGGCUGGAUUUAUGAUGCCUCGAGAUCAGGGAAACGACAAAUUUUUUCCUCUGUCUGCCCCAUCAGAUGCGGCUCUUCGCCGUCCUGAGGGUUCUCAUGACGAACAUUUGCAAAGGAGUUUCGUGCAGGAGACCCAUUACGCCAACGAAGAUUCCACUAGUUUUGACAUGAAACAACCUGGUCCUGCUGUGGGGUCUUUGGGUUAUGCGCAUUACCAGUAUCCUGCGCAGUCAGCCUUCCAGAAUGCGCAGGAACAACACCAACAAUAUGUGACACCUGCGUCCGAGUUUUCGGAGAAUCAUGGUUCCGAAGAGUUGUGUGCAUAUCGCUGUCAUGACUCAGAGACCGCUAUCCCUCAGACGUUGCAACCUACAAAUUCCAAUUCGUCGUCGACAAUCCCGAGCGUACCAUGGAGUUCUUUACCGGAAGAGCAGCCCGCUACUGUUGUGGAGACCAAUGGUCACAUUGGCUCUUCUAACAACUUGACUAACUCCCCGUGGAAACAUGUUGAAUCAGGUCCUACUCUACUUCCACAGGUCUAUGAUUCGGGCUCCCCUGUGGCUGCCGCCGACAAAGUUGAUUCUUGGAAAGUUGACAAGACAGAAAAGGAUUUGAUUCAGCAGCAUCAAACUUUGCCUUCUCGGGCAUCUGAGCAGAAGAAAGCCCACACACCGGAAUCAUCUAAUCGCACCCCGACUCCAGAAAUCGUUGUUGCGUUGCCGCUUCCUACGUCCGCCCCCGUGAUAAGCAAGAAAGCCUCUAAAAAUUCAUCCCAAGCUAUACAGGUACCUUCCAGCGCGCCUAUUGCAACUGUUGAACCAGUUAUAACAAACCCCGUGGUUCAGAAAGUAGCUUGGGCGAAGGAAGAAGAAAAGAAGAAAACCGGCACCGGUUCCUCUGUCAGUCUGCGCGAGAUUCAGGAGGCGGAAGCAAAGAAACUGGAGUCAAAGAAAGCUGCCGAACGAGAGAGAGAACGACUGGCUCGGGCAUCAGCAUCUGCUGAUAUCAAAGAGGAUGUGCAACCUUUCACUACUUCGUGGGGUCUUCCCACUUCGCAAGCUGGUGCACGUGGAUCAGCUCCUCUGAAAGAUCUUGUUACUGUUCCUACUACUCCUGCUCCUGCUGCACCGCCUGUGUGGACCACUCCCCUUAAGCAAGCAACCACAAAAAAGACAAUGAAAGAAAUCCAGGAAGAGGAAGAAUCGAGGAAAAAGAUUGCCCUGAAGGAAAUUACAGCAACAGCUCCAUUGCCGAAACGGGCAUAUGCCGAAACCACCACGAAGCUUGCUGCCCUUCCUCCUGCUUCGUCGAACAACGGUAACGCUUGGACUACCGUUGGACCAAGUGGAAAGGCAACCGUGUCCCCCGCUCCUCCUGCUCGCUCCUCCGUACCGGGUUCGUUGGCGGCAACCCAAACAGCUUCGGUGUCGAAGGCUUCAGCAACUCCUACUUCGAAGAUCGCCACCAGCUCCGUUGUCAAGAAACUCGUCAAGCAAGAUGAUUUCCCGGAGACGCCCUCCCAUGAUUUUCUCAAGUGGCUCGGUGAUUCACUGAAAGGGCUUAACUCUUCAGUUAAUGUCGAGGAAAUUGUGUCCAUGUUGUUAUCCUUCCCGAUUGACCCUGACUCCACCACCGCUGAAAUCAUCUCAGACACUAUCUAUUCAAAUAGUACUACACUCGAUGGUCGACGAUUUGCUUCGGAGUUCAUCGCAAAGCGUAAAGCUGACGCCCUUGCUAAAGCCAAAGGUACUGUUAACUCGGGCAAGGCUUCAAGUAAGCCUGUAUCCAUUGCCGAUGUCGUGAGGGCAACACCGAAAACAACACAACCCGAGUGGGGAUUCAAGGUUGUCAACAAGAAGAAGAAAGGAGGAAGGAGUUGA